AUGUUUAGACAGAAUAAGAGAAGAAUAUCGUCAAGAAGGAAUUUUGAUUCCUCGCCAUUCGGUUCUGACAACAAGAAUGGAAAUGAAAACAACGGUGGAGCUAACCAAUUCAUUCUCCCAGGCUCUACCACGGAGGAAGAGAAGACACUUUACAACAAUAUAUAUGACUCAAAAAUAUCGUUUUAUGAGGCUCGUCCCCAAGGUGAGAUCACUUUGGAACAAUUUGAAGUUUGGGCCAUCGAUCGUUUGAAGAUUCUUUUAGAGAUUGAAUCGUGUCUCUCUAGAAAUAAAACUUUAAAGGAAAUUGAAACUUUAAUUAAACCACAAUUUCAAAAGUUAUUGCCCUUUAAUACAGAUAGUUUCUUAGAUAAGAAGAAGGAUUACUAUUCUCAUUUCAUUUUAAGAUUAUGUUUCUGUCGUACAAAAGAGCUUAGAGAGAAAUUCAUUAGGGCGGAAACGUUACUGUUUAAAAUUAGAUUUAACAUGCUAACGUCAUUUGAUCAGAUAAAAUUUGUCAAAUCUUUAAAUUUAUCCAAAUUGCAAUUUAUUACAGACGAAGAAAAGACCGAAUUAUCAGAUAAGUUAUACCAGACUAUCACGCCUGCCUUAAUAUAUCAACUAAACUUGACAGAUGAAAAUCAACGUAAAUUGUUUUUCCAAAAUGAAAAAUUCAUAAAACUCCCCUUUGAAAAUGUCAUUGAAUUGGUUGGUAAUAGACAAGCUUUCAUAAGGAAGGGUUUCAUAUACAUCCCACAAUUUCAACAAUUAAAUCUGAUCUCUACUGAGUUUUCCAACAAAUUGAAUGAGGCAUUGAUGAAAACAUAUCAAUUUUUACCACGUUUAAAUGAAGAUGAUAGAUUAUUACCAAUUUUAAAUCAUUUAUCCUCAGGUUAUACCAUUGCUGAUUUUAAUGAAAAUUCCAAAUUUGGCAUGUAUCAAAAUGGUAACGAUGAUGAAAUCAAUGCUCAAACUGUUUAUUCCGAGGAAAUCAGUGCCAACUACCCAUUGUGUAUUAAGAAUUUAUUUAGAGGAUUAAAAGAGCAUGGACAUUUAAAAUAUCAUGGUAGACAACAAUUGAGUUUAUUCUUAAAGGGGAUAGGAUUAAGUGCCGAUGAGUCUUUAAAAUUUUGGUCCGAGGCAUUUACUAAGAAUGGUAGAAUGACAGUGGACAAAUUCAAUAAAGAAUAUCGUUAUAACUUCAGACAUAAUUAUGGGUUGGAGGGUAAUAGGAUCAAUUAUAAGCCAUGGGAUUGUAGAACGAUACUGUCAAAACCAAGACCAGGUAGAGGUGAAUAUCAUGGUUGCCCCUAUCGUGAUUGGAACCCGGAUAAGUUAACCGCUGAAUUAAGAUCCAUGAAUUUAACACCAUCUCAAAUAGCAUCUAUUUUGGAUUCCUGUGAGAAGACUGAGUACACGAUAGCAUGCACGAAGACGUUUGAGUUUACACAUAAUACUACGGGGACUGAUUUAGAAAUUGAUGAUCAAACACAUAUUUCUCAUCCUAAUUUGUAUUUCGAAAGAUCCAGACAAUUACAGAAGAAGAAGCAAGAAAUGGAAAAGGAACUCAAGAAAUAG